UAUAUUUCUUCGACGAUAUUUAUAUGAGAUCAUUGCGGUUGAGUAAGUUGAGACGUGAGAGUAAAAGAAAAUUGAUAAAAGAAAAUAAAAUAAGUGUAAGAAUCUGAAUCGAUUCUUCACAAUGAAGGUCGCUUUCCUCCUAGCGGCUGUGCUAACUGUAACCACUUGUUCGCCAAACGGUUACUAUCAUCAAGAGUACAACUACAAAACCUCAUCUCAAUCGUUCAGAAACAACGAGUUGCAACACAAAACUGACGACCAAGGCUACUACAAAAAGGAUGGUGAUUUGGAAGGGCGCGUAAAGCCAAAAGUCAGCUCAAACAGCGAACAUUCCGAAUAUAUCAAUCCGAAAUUGCAAUAUGGAAGUGGUGCAAGUGCUGCAUAUUAUGAUGCUGACGCAGACACAGCCUCACAAGGCAAUAUGCUAGCAAACAGCUACGGAAGCAACUAUGGAGCUGGUGGUUACCAUUCUGGUUACAAUUCCGAAGGACUAGCCUCAUCCGAUUACAUUGGUGGUGCAAUGAGCUCAGGUUCCCAAAGUGUGAACCUCAGAAAUAUUGCAUCUCGUCUUCAAAGCGACUUGGGAGUUGAACUUCAAUCCGCUCUAGUAAGACCUUCUUACCAAACCAAUAUAGCUGAGCUUGAAGCUGAGCUACACAGAAAUUUAACCAGCAGGUUGAAUGAAAUAUUACAAGAACGUUACGGUAGUCAAACCAUUAGGUCCGGACAUUCGUACUCGAUAAGUGGCGGUCGAGUUCAGGCAGCUCCAAAUUACGAACAAAGCGAUCUUGACUUGAUACAAAGACAAGUCGAGAAUACUUUAUUGCAAGAAUUACGUCAGCAGUAUAAUAGAAACUCUCAGUCGAGCCAUAGUCAGCAAAGUAUUCACGAGCAAAGCAAUUAUGAUCGUUAUGUGUCUACAACUACUUACAGACCUAGUACUUAUACAUACUCACCUAAUAAUUAUGAUCGUUAUGCAGCUACAACUACCUACAGGCCAACAAGUUAUAGGCCCAUAUAUCCCAAUAUUAAUCAAGUUGAUAAUCAAGACAAAUAUCCCGCAUAUCCUGGAGGAACUAAAAGCUCCUAUUAUUCACAAUCGAACACUAACAGAGUAACUUAUUCUCAAGCUCCUCACGCAAUUUCCAUCACCAAUAUCGCCUCGACAGUCCAAAACAACCUCAACAACCAACUGAACAGAAUUUUGGAACAAGCCCAAACCCGCUAUUUCAACGAAAACUCGGGAUUCAGCGUACACAACACAGCACCGAUUUUGGACAAUUUAAAACAAGAACUCAGACAAAAUUUGACUUACACUUUGGAUGAGGAGCUGAGAAGACAGUUUGGUACUCAGUAUCAACGAGAUGGUUACAUGUUCACUUCAGGAACUGGCGGAGAACUUGCCAAUCAAUAUAAUUAUAAUGUAGCUGAUUUGGAAAAUCUUAGACGACAAGUCGAGGAGAAUUUAAUUACCAAAUUGACAAGAGAUUUUGAAGCAGCAAGACAACACUGGAUAACAAGACAACAAACCUCAUCCCAUUCUCAACAAACCUACUACGGCCAAUCACAAAACAAUGAACAUCACUUAGGCUAUGGCACUUCCGGCAAUAUAAGAUACUCCACCCCCAGGUAUCCUGAAGACGAAGUCCCUAGAUACUCUACACCAAGAUAUCCAAUUGACGAAGAAGGUCCCAGGUAUCCAGCUGUAGAUGACUAUCAUCGUCCAACAGCAGCAUCGAUAGUGCCUCUUAUUAGUUCAGGCAUCAAAAACAAUCAUUACCAAGCGGUUGCCGGAAGCCACGUUAGCGGUUACGAAACCUCUGGCGCUGGAGGUGUUGGAGUUGACAGUAGCAACUUCGCCAGGUUACAGCAACAAAUGCAAGCUGACCUCAGUAGACAGCUUCAAGCUGCUCUAACCCAAACCACAUCCUCUUAUAGAGCCAGUGGCCAUACAAGUACUUCUGGAGGGCGAGCCGCAUUUGACCAAGCCUACAACCAGCUUUUCGAUGAGCUACAAAGAAAUUUAACGCAGCAGCUUCAAAGUUACCAAUCGGGCUCAAGCAGUAGCGGUUACUCAUCAUCUUACAGUGGUAUCAAUGAGAGCCAAUUAGCUCAGCUACGUUCUCAGCUUCAAAAUAGCUUGGCUUCACAGCUACAACAAGGCUUACAGCAAUCGUUUAGUGCUUCGGCCUCUUAUAGUGCUAGCAGUUCUGGAUCUGGAUCUUAUGGUAGCAGUGGAUAUAGACCAGUUAGAGGUUCUGAUGCGUACCAAUACGGUCAAUACAAAUCAGGUGGAAAUUACUACGGAGGAGAAGAUUGCCAAGGAGAUGAUCCUUUAACUCCAACGCAUCAGUAUCAUAGAGUUAGAAGGAGCUACGGAGGAGGUUAUCGUAGUAGACCAUUAGGUUUAUCAACCUACUCUGGAUCAGGUUAUAGUGCUGGAGGCACCUAUGGUGGACAUUAUCAAACUACUGGUUCUACUUUGGGUCAAGAAGUUGAUGAUUCUGACACACUAGUUCAAAGUAACCAACACUUGGGUCAGGAAAUAGAUGAUUCUGAACAAGUUGUUGAUGCGGGCCUUACUUACGGCAAACAAAUUGGCCAGAAAGUUGAUGAUUCAGAUGAUACGCAGCAAGUGGAAGUAGAUAAUGGAUUUUCUUCUAUAAAUUUGGGAAGUAAUUUGCAAGGUGGAUAUCAAAAACCAUCAUCUGGAUACUCUCAUCAUUUUGGAGUGGGAUCGCAGAAACCCAAAAACUAUGGCACUCAAUUAGGACAAGAAGUAGAUGAUUCUGACACUUUCUCUAGCGGAUAUCAAAAACCAUCUGGAUACUCAUCUCAUCAUUUUGAAGUGGGAUCUCAGAAACCCAAAAACUAUGGCACUCAAUUGGGACAAGAAGUAGAUGAUUCUGACACUUUCUCUGGUGGAUAUCAAAAACCAUUAUCUGGAUACUCAUCUCAUCAUUUUGAAGUGGGAUCUCAGAAACCCAAAACCUAUGACACGCAAUUGGGACAAGAAGUAGAUGAUUCUGACACUUUGUUAGGCGGAUAUCAUAAACCAUCUGGUUUCUCGCAUGAAAGCCAUUUCGAAGUGGGAUUACAAAAACCAACAAACUCUUAUGGAUCACAAAUAGGUCAAGAAGGUACACAUUUUCAUUAUGGUUCAAACUCAGGCAGGUAUUCUACAGAAUCGCAUUAUACUCCACAAUCGAAUCAAAAACCUGUAUAUCAAUUUGGGUAUCAAAAACCAGCUUAUGCAACCACACAAAGUAAUUCUUAUGGAACACACCAACUAGGACAAGAAGUAGAUAAUUCUGACGAUACUCAACAACAAGUAGAAGAUACUGAUUUUGGACAAUUAAAUGUACAAGUGCCUUCUAGUACUACUAAAUACUCAUUUGGAUUAGAUGGUGCUCAAUAUGUUCAAACCAAUCAAAAACCAACACCUAAAAAUGUAUAUGAAAUUGAUUUGGAUGAUACUCAGCAAAUAGAAGAAGUUGGCUCCAGUAGCGUUGCUCCAGUGCAACCAGCUUUGGUGUCAAAACCGAUUGUAAACAGAAAGCCUCUAUACUCAGAAACACUAUCAGGCGCUAGCGGUUAUCAACCAAAACAUAAAUAUGGUUCACAAUUAGGCCAAGAAGAAGACACUGAUGACACACAACAGGUUGAAGUGGAUCGUGGUUUUGGAUUCAAUAACCAACACCAACAGAGUGAAUUUGAAACCUUAAAUCAAGUGUCUCAAUCUACAACCCCAAAAGAGUUUGUCGGUGUUAAUUUCAGACCACAAAUUGAUGGAGGAUUUCAUUCAACUCAAUUUGGACAAGAAGUUGACGAUACAGAUACAAUGCAAGUUCCAGAAUCUUGGGCAGUUUCUACUAAAACAACAACCAAGAACCCUUUAGUGCUUCAAUACGGAACUCCAAAUGUUUUGCCUGAUAGUGAGACUGUCAAGCCGCUUCAAUUGCCGACACUUAAAACUCCAACAUAUACUUAUCAUUUCUCAAGACCAACUACUGCAUCAACUCUGAAUGUUAUGCCGGAAAAUGAAAACACGAAACCACUUUUUGGUAGUGAAUUGGUAACACCUAAAACCACAACUUAUCGAUACUAUUAUUCCACCACCACUAAAAGUCCUUCAGUGGUUCAGUAUGGAACACAAAAUGAAUUCGGAAGAGGUGAUUUAUCGCCACCCUAUCAAAGCCCUUCUACUCAAGUAUAUCCAGAAUAUCCUCAAGUAGGUUUAUCUGAGCCAACUGAUUCAGUAAUAAGUAGAAGACCAUUCGAUAAUCCGCCAUCACCAAGACCAGAGUUCACUCCUCAAACUUACGUACCGCCUCCAAGACCAGGAAGUCAAUAUACUGGUGUCCAACCACCACAGCCCCACUCACAUUAUGAUUAUCCUAGACAACCACCAAGGCCUCUAUUUGGUGGCUUGCCUAAUCCAAGCUCCAGUGAAUAUCCAGGAAUGGCUAUAGAUGUUUCUUUUUCACCACCUCCGGUUGAAGUUCCACCAAUAAAACUCAAAGAAGUUACUACCGAAUUACAAACAGAAUUCCUCAAAGAAAUUGAAAAUAUUGUCAAAAAUGACUUGCCUAGUUCGAAUACUCCCAAGCAACUUUACCAGGAAAGUUUAAAAACGUUACAAGAAAAUAUAACCAUCCAAUGCCAAAAGCUGUUAACAGAUACUAGAUACACUAAUUUGCAUAUUUACCAAGAAGACGUUGUGAUUCUUGAAAAAUAUUUGCAAUAUCAGUUGACCCGUAAGUUAAACGAGAAGUUUACUACUUAUCUGAGAUAUCCCAUUGACUCUCAGCUAACAGGGCUUAACACUUAUGGCAGAAAUUAUGGACAAAAACCUCAAACAUCUUCAUUUUUGGAUACAGAAAUCCAACACAAUAAUCAGUAUUAUCCAUUGGCACAAAAUACGCCAACAACCACCACAACUUUACCAGCACCACAAUCAUCAGUUUUUCAACAAUUACCAACAAUACCAACAGAUAAUGACAAUUUAAAUGCAGCUGAAAGAGAGGCAGAUUUGCUGAUUCAACGUAUAAGAAAUACUAUCCAAAACAGAAAAAAUUCUUCAGUCGUUAAUCAAUACGAUUCAACUAUAGUGCAUCAGCCACAAUAUAAAAUAAUACAAGUAAAAUUGGAGAAUUUAACAAGCAAACAAGUACAAAUUAUUGAAGAUGGUUUAGAAAAUUUGUACGAGUUUGUUAACGUAGCUGUUCAAAAUCAAUAUGAAAAAACCCAAACAGUGUCUAUAGGAAAAAAUUCGCUCUACCAACAAUCACUUGAAACAUUGGAAAAAGAUGUAAAGAUAUUUUUAUCAGAUUGUAUUAAAGGCAACAAUAUUGAUAGUUUGAAGAAAUACAACUUAGAUAAAUAUUCCAGUAUAAUUACCAAUGAAUUUGAUGCAGCUAAAAUACCAGAUUUGCAAAAGUAUUUAGAAAUUAAACUCAUUAAAAAAUUAAGAGCCCAAUUAAAGACAGUCUACAAUAUACAAACAGAAGAAGAAAAUGUUGAAUUUAUUUCACAGCCAACUGUCCAAAGAGUAGUAGUCAAGCUUGAUAAACUCACUCCUACUCAGUACAAAAUUAUAAAUCAAAUUGAAGAAGAAAUUGGCCAGCAAAUAGAAGCUUCUAUUCAAACUCAAAUCGAAUCUUUAAGACAAAGUCAGGUUUCCAGCUAUUAUUAUCAACAAGAGCUGAACGAACUAAAAAUUGGGCUUGAAAAUAACAUCACAGAAACGGUACAAAAACUAUGCGAACCAGGUUUUGCACAAUAUUCUCAACUUGUUUCAGACAAUUUCGAUGGGAGCAAAAUAAAAGAUGUAGAAAAAUAUUUGCAAAUCAAGCUGGUUAAUAAACUGACAGAAAGUAUAGCUUAUUAUUCUAGUGAGCAAUCCAUUUCCGGUUCUCAUCAUAUUAGUUAUUCCAGCAGUAGUUCAUCACAUCAUCAUUAUAGUGGAGGAUACAAUUUUGGACAAAAUAAGCCCGAUGGAGAGCCUUUGAAAAGAGAAGAAAACUCUUAUCAGUCAGCAACUCCCCAACUUGCGAAUAAAGCAAUAAAAGGAGGUGGCUCUCAAUAUAUUGAACCAGAGGCUGAAGUUGUGGUGCCGGAAAGUUCCAGUUUGGUACCUGAUGUUGAUACAGAAGCUACAACGCCUAAACCAGGCUGGUGGCAAAAUUUUUCGAGUAAAGUUAAAUCUGGUGCCAAUAAAUUGAAAGACAAAAUUGUUGGGAAUGCUUAGAUGCAGCAGAAGCCAAAUUUAUAGUUAAUGUAAUACCUACCCUCUAUGUUUUUUUUUUAUAUAAAAAUUUGAAAUGUUAAAAUAAUGUAAAUAAAACCCUUUAUAUUUAUUUGAAGUAAAUGUGUCUUUUUUAUCUAGCUUGAUAGAUUUGUUAAUUGUUACCACCCCCUUG